AUGCACAGGAAACACCUCCAGGAGAUUCCCGAUUCGAACAGCAAUGUUAAUAUCAGCUUCACGUGGGGAUGGGAUCUUAACAAGACGUCGGAUUUGCUCUCAGGAAUGGGGGUUGCAAUUCUGGAGAAGGAAAAGGUGGAUAGUGAAAACAUUCCCCAGGAGCUGCUCUUAACCCAAGCCCCUCCGCCAAAAAAGCCGAAGGUGAAAGCGAAGGAAAAGGACUUUGUAAUUGCCCGCAGGCCAAGACAAUCCAAAGAGAACAGUUCAGGAAUUUCUUGGGAUAUGCUUCCAGACGAAUUGCUCCUCGGAAUCUUUUCGUAUUUAUCUCUGCCCGACCUUGUAAGAAUCUCUGGGAUCUGUAAGAGGUGGCAUCGCCUCUCGUUUGAUGAAUCGUUGUGGCAGACCUUAGACCUGACAGGGAAACAUUUACUGCCAGGAGUAAUUGGGCAGUUACUCUCUGUAGGCGUGGUCGCAUUUCGCUGCCCAAGAUCACACGUGGAUGAACCACUGUUUAAAAACCUCAGACCACUUCGGGUGCAGCACAUGGACCUGUCUAACUGCAUAAUAGAGGAGGCCUCGCUUCAGAGCAUCGUGUCUCGAUGCUGCAAAUUACAGAACCUGAGCUUGGAAGGACUGAGGCUUUCAGAUGCCAUCGUCAGAAAUUUGGCUCAGAAUUCAGACUUAGUGCGAUUAAACCUCUCUGGGUGUUCCGGAUUCUCGGCCUCUGCACUGGAGGCUCUGCUGAGCGGCUGUACUCGCUUAGAUGAGCUGAACCUCUCCUGGUGCUCUGAUUUCACGGCAGAACACAUCCACGUUGCCGUCAGCUCUGUUACAGAAAGCAUUACACAAUUGAAUCUCAGUGGGUACCGACAGAAUCUACAGAGAUCAGAUGUAAUGACAUUAGCGGGAAGGUGCCACAAUCUGGUCCACUUAGACUUAAGUGACAGUGUCCUGCUAAAGACUGACUGUUUCCAGGAGUUUCAUCAGCUCAUCUACCUCCAACACCUGUCACUCAGCCGAUGCUAUGAAAUAAUGCCAGCAGCCUUACUUGAACUUGGAGAUAUCCCCUCACUGAAGACACUACAGGUUUUUGGAAUUGUAACAGAAAAUUCCCUUCCUGUGCUAAAGGAAGCACUCCCACAUCUGAAGAUCAACUGUUCUCACUUCACCACCAUUGCCAGGCCAACAGUGGGUAACAAAAAGAACCCAGAAAUCUGGGGAAUCAGGUGCCGCCUGAUGAUGCCCAAUCCGAAUAGCCACUGAUGUCCUCGUUUUAAAGGACUUCAAAGAGCAGACAAAAAGGCCCCGCUGCUUGGAGCCCCUCAGCUGUUUUGCUUCUGAUGAGUUACACUUUUCACCUUAUAACUGUUUUGGCUUGAGGUUCACUCGAGAAAGAAUUGUUUCUUGUCACUAACUCACAAAAAUUUAGGAAUAAGUGUUUUGCACUGGGUACACAACUUUUGUCAGUGCCCUUUAAAAGCCUUCCUGAUGAACCAUGACAUUUCAAGUAUUUAUGAGUUUUAAGGGAGUAAACCGGUACUCAAUAUUAAAAGGUGGUUCAAGGUAAGUACUUCAGACCACCUCUGAGACAUUCCCUUCUCUAAAAAUCUUCAGAAUGCAGCCGGUGCUCACUAAGCGAAUAAUUUUAUAGAAACCAUUUUGGUAAUUACACAUGCUUUUUCCAUUUUAUUUUUCUGUCUUGCCUUAUGUGGAACAGAUUGGAAGAACCCCAAAUCACUGAUUUUCUGAACUGAGUACAGAGCUUGGGGGAAGGAAAUCCCAACUCCGUCUUUGGGUGCUAAUCACUGAACCUUGAGGUAAUAAGGAUCAUGGGAAAAGAGACCCCACAAAAGCCAUUUUAAGAGCCUGAAAAAAAGUGUUGUCUUUAGCUCAAGGGUUGGGGCAAAGAGUAAAGUGUAUUUCAUUUUGAUAUAUUCAUACCAAAAAUGCUUGGGUACCUUAGAAGACAGAGCAAGCCAUAUGACAGCUGGUUUCUGUGACUGAUGAGCUUGAAGUCUUCUUGGACCAACUCUGUAACAUUUCUUUACCGUGACUCAAAGGUAGUUUUUCUAAGUUCUGAAACUAGCAAUGGGAAUGUAAUUAUGGUGUUGGUUGUUUGUUUUUUUUUAUAAAAUCUCUUUUCACAUCAUGACCAGGUAUCCUAACAUUGGAAGAGACUUGCUACCUUAUUCAUUUUUUUAUAUUGAAGGUGCUUUUGCUUCUGAUGGUUCAUGUUCCACAAACCAAUUUCUUUUCAGGUGCUAGGCAGAAUUUGGCCUUGUUCCCUGUUCUUCCUUAUAACUGAGGUUUAUAAGGGGCUGUUUUGAUUUUUUUCUCCUAGAAUCACAUACUGAAUAAGAAGAAAUAAAAAAUUUUGGCAUCUGUUGUUUGGAAUGCCCCAGCUUGGGGGUCUACAGUCUCCUACCAGUAGCAUUUUUAAUUACUGGGGAGCACCAUGAAACUACUUGCACUCUUGUGAAAGAGGAGCAAUUUCUUGACUCAGGGCAGUCUGGGAGCAGGAACCCCAACUUAAAAGCAUUGAUUGUACCUGUAGGGGAACAGCUUUGACUUUUUGUAACUGAUGGAACACCCAGAAAAAAAAAUUAUUCAUAUCGCUAAAAACUAGGUCAACAAAUCAUUUCACUUUUUCCCAUCGAUCAAGGAAGACUAACUUUAUUUUGUUUCUGUGACUGACUUAAAAAAAAAAUCAAGCUGGGAUUAGUAUGUUAAGCGUACCUUAGGUUGAACCGCAUCUCCACUAAGGACACUAUCAUCUGUUAGACUGCGGGAGGGAAUGCUUUGGCCUAGUGUUAUACAGAGAUUAACUGUUGCCAGCCUGUUUUAUGUGCUGUCACUAAAUGGUAACUAUACCUUGAAAUGUUGUUUACAAAAUAGCCGUAAGAGACCUAGGGUGGGUCUGGUGGGACUUGGGCCUCUCACGUCCUUUGACACUCAUGUCCAGAUAUAAGCUAUCUUGCCAAGGUUUUAGUGACCUUUGUGAUAUCUACUUUUACAGUUUUUUUUUCAAUU